UAGCAUUUUUGAUAAAAUAAAUAAGUUAAGUAUCAAGGGUCAUAAAAAAAUAAGUUUUGUAGCACAUUUUGACCUAAAGUGAAUGAUAGUGACAUUUUGUCUUAUAUUGUCUUUACUCUCUCUCUCUUUCUCUUUCCACGGUUUCCUUCCACAGCCAAAAUUUCGAAAUUUUCGGCUUUCCAAGAAAAGUGGUCAAACAAGAAUCUUCCAUCUUGUCUUCACUGGUACACGGUAGCCCAAAAACCCUAGCCUCAUUCUCAAAUAAUUCUCUUCACCAUUCACGCCUUCUCUUCACCAUUCACGCCUCAUUCUCUUGAAUUAUACACGAAAACUAUCAUCAUUCACGCCUAAUUAUACACGAAUUCGUGCAUCUUUCUUCUCUUCAAUUCGUGCAUCUUUCCAUAUAAACAAUUAAGAACCGUGUACUCCAUACACCAUUGAAAAAAUAGAAGAACCGUGCACUUCAUACACCAUGAGCAAUAGUGAUACUCAAUCCGAUUACGAUGGGGAAGAGGCACAACAUAUACAACGUGGAAGUCGCCCGAGUACAUCGAGGAGGGAAAAAUACCCGACGCCGAAUCCGCCUCCGAGGCAUGCUUGGUUACGUCCGUGCAUGCAAGGUUAUGCCGGACGAAUCAAUCACUAUGUAAAGGACACGACACUGAAGGAAGUGGAGACCUGUCUGACGCACUACCAGCGUUUAGAACAAUUUAAGAAAGGUCCGUUUGGGCAUUUACUUCAGUUGAAGAGGCAGGAUAGUGCGAAUGCCGCACUGCACCAUCUUCUUGCACGGGAGUUGUAUGACGAAGCAUUCGGUCCGUGGGAGAAGUGGUUCCACGUUGGUGGACACGACAUUCGAUUCGGCGCAGUGGAGUAUUGUCUGGUGACGGGGUUGUGUUUCGGGCCAUCCCCGCAGCGUUUUGAUCCUAAUGUGGAUCACCGUGUUGGGAAGCAUAGUCUAUGGCACGGAGUUUUGAAAGGCAAGAAGGUGGAAGUGAAGGAUCUGCGGAAGCGGUUCGUUAACCGCAGUCUGGGCAACAGUGCCCAGGAUUAUUUGAAGGCGGCCAAUAUUCUCGUGGCGUAUGAUCUCCUCUUCUGUCGGGAUUAUAAAUACGUGCACGAUUGGGUGUGGGCACUGGUAGAGGAAGAUCAGAAAUGGUCCGACUUCCCGUGGGGCUCUUACUCAUUCCAGAUGUUGUGUCAUGGGAUGAGUGUGUUGAAGAAGCAUCCCAACGAGAUUACCGGUAAUAGGAAGACGUACCACUUCUAUGGGCCCAUAUGGGCAUUACAGAUUUGGUCGUACGAGGCCAUUCCGAGGUUGGGCCGCGCGUGUGGGAUGCGUGACCCGAGGUUGCAGAUGCCACGGUUGGUGAACUGGACGACUUGGAAGUCGGCUUCUGACUUCACCCACUUUUUUGAUGCUCAUGAGGCCGAGUGUCACCGGACACUCGAACCGGUCGAGGAGGAGAAUGAUUCAUGGUAUUUGCAGACCCUGAGGCAUCCAGAGCCUUUUUCUGUACGAUACCAUCCUGGAGGGAAAUAUGCCGGCUUGACAGAGCCAGUUGUACCGGAGCCGCCUCCUCCUGUUAGGCCUCCCCCUGUGCAGAGGAUCACACAACGUCGACAAGCUUCAAUGAGGUGCAUAACUCGUUUGAUGCCUAGAUUGUUGCACACUGUGGGGUAUUGGGAUAACAAUCCCAACAGGUUUGUCCAUGCUGCUGAUGCAGAGAUGGCGUAUGUGAUGAUGCCCCACAACCAGCAAUUUGUGCAACAGGACAGCCUUAGUUGUGGUGUGUAUGCAUGUGCUUACUUAGAUCGUCUGGUAUGUGGAAAACCGAAACGGGAACGGAUGAGAACCAAUAGGGAUGUAGAAAAAUAUCGCUACAUGGUAGCUGUUAGGAUAUGGGAAUUGUGUACCCCAAUUCCCGCUGCUUUGAUUUGA